AAAUAGAAAAUUUCCGACCGGUUUAGGCAGGUCCCCCACUCCCCACAAAGAAAAUCAAAAGCCCAAAGGCCCGUAAAAGAAAAAAUGAAAUAAAAAAUUUAACCAAAAGGUGAAAUUAAUUUGGCGCGAGGGUUAAUGGCUGCCCCUUCAGAACCUCAACCCUUAGUUCAGCGAAUUCCACUGUCAAUUUCCUUCAAUCGCUUAACAUCCUGGCUAUGGCGUCACUGAUGUCCUCUUGCAGAAGUUUUUCUCUGCUCUUCCACUCUUUCAGAGUGAUUUCAUGUCAACGAUCGUGCGCCGUUCUAUCUCAAUGUCUUUUCUCUACUCACAUUGUUGGUGACGAGCCGAUUCUUGUUCGCGAUUUCAUACAUUCCGCAUUGUAUGAUCCAAAUCACGGAUACUUCGCUCAGCGGUCACGGUCAGUGGGAGUUCUGGAGCGCAGCAUUAAGUUCAAUCAGCUUGAAGGCAGGAAAGCUUAUAUGAGAUAUUUGGAUAAAAUCUACAAGCAGAGUGACAUUUCAUGGUUUACUCCAGUGGAACUUUUUAAGCCUUGGUACGCCCAUGGGAUUGCUGAAGCAAUCAUGCGUACUGCCAAUCUUUCUAUUCCUCUGAAAAUAUAUGAAAUUGGUGGUGGUUCAGGAACUUGUGCAAAGGGGAUAAUGGAUUACAUAAUGUUGAAUGCACCUCCAAGAGUUUACAAGAAUAUGACUUAUACCUCAGUGGAAAUAAGUCCCUCAUUAGCGGACAUACAAAGGCAAACUGUUGGAGAGGUUCGUAGUCACCAAUCAAAAUUCAGAGUAGAGUGUCGUGAUGCUGUUGACCCGAGUGGAUGGGGUACUUGACAAUCUACCUCAUGAUCUUAUUUACUCAGAAAAUCAAGUUUCCUCAUGGAUGGAAGUAUGGGUAGAGAAGCAACUCAAUAGGGAGUCACUUGUAGAAUUAUACAAGCCAUUGCAAGACCCUCUUAUUAAGCGUUGUGCAGAGAUUGUGAAUUUCAAUGAAAAUGACCAUGCCGAAAGCAGUGUAUUAUCAAAGGCAAAAGGCAUUUGGUCUAAAGCUUUUCCAAAACCUAGAAGAUGCUGGCUACCAACUGGAUGCUUGAAACUACUUGAAGUGUUGCAUCAUGUGCUACCAAAGAUGUCAUUAAUCGCUUCGGACUUUAGUUAUUUACCUGAUGUGAGGAUACCUGGUGAAAGAGCACCACUAGUUUCAACCAAGGCAGAUGGAACCAGCUCAGACUAUGAAAGCUAUCUAGAUGCAAAGGGUGAUGCUGACAUCUUUUUCCCCACAGACUUUGUAUUACUGGAACAGAUCGACCAUUAUUGUUCUGGGUGGCUGAAACUGCAUGGAGAUAAAACGCCAAAGACGGGGAAAAAGCGGCGAACAAUAAUCCUUGAUACUUCGUCAUUUAUGGAAGAGUUUGGAUUGCCAUCAAAGACGAGAUUGAAGGAUGGUUACAACCCACUUCUGGACGAUUUCAAGAACACGAAAUUUUAUCUCAGUGUCCCAACGCAUAACAUCAAGUAGAGGAGAGGAAGCUUCUUCCAACAAUUCUGUUUUGGAAUUUUCCAAUUUUUUCUCGUGUGUAUUGUAUGCUUUAGAAAUAAGAACACAGAAUGAAAACAAUAUCCGGAGCGGGGACGGGGAGGCUCUCGAAACCAAAUGAGACUCGAAAAAACAUGGGAAUUAACACCAAAAGUCUCGGCCAUUGGUGGAAAUUUCAAAGUCCUUGAAGACAUAAUAACAAAUUUUGUUUUUAUUUUUUUCUAUUUCUAAACGUGGUAUUAAUUUCAUUUAAAUAUUGAUACUA